CAACAAAAUAUGUCUGAAACUCGUUUCUUCGAACAAAAGGAUGGAUCAAAAAUUGCAUACAAGAUUCUUGAACCUGCGAAUAUUAAAAAUGAGAUUCCACUUAUAUUAAUUGUGGGAUUCGAUGCCACUAAAGAGCAUUUUUGUGGAUUUGAAGAAGUAAUUGUAUUUGAUAAUCGUGGAAUUGGAGAAUCGACUGUUGCUUCUUAUGAUGACCCUAUCACGAUUGAAUUGAUGGCUCAGGAUACAAUUGAAUUAAUUAAACAUCUUGGAAUUAAAAGGUUUAAUUUAUUUGGAAGGUCUAUGGGUGGUAAUAUAGCACUUUGUGCCGCCUUGAACGUUCCAUCAGAUCUUAAGCUUGAGAAAUUAAUUAUUUGCUCAGGGUUUGCUCGUGUCAAAGAAGAUCGAGAUCUUGAACAGCUUUGUAAAUUACCAAUAAUGGAUCGUCCUAAAACUAUUCAAGAACAAAAAGAUGCGCUUCUUAAGGAUAGAGAAAAGAAUUUAUCAGAUUAUCUACUUGAACAUCCUGAUAAACUUGAUAAAAUUGCGAAGAUCAAACUUAAUACUAAUGCUAACCAACGUCAAUGGGAAGCAAUCAAACAGUCUGACUUAGUUUCAAGGCUAAAAGAAAUUAAAGUUCCAACUUUGAUAAUUCAUGGUGAAAUUGAUGAGCUCGUUCCUAUUGAUGCAGCCGAAUUGCUUGAUCGCGAAAUUCCUAAUACACAAUUUCAUAGGAUUCCUAACGUUGGGCAUAGUGUUUACACAAUGGAACCUGGUUGUGUUUCUACCAUUAAUGAAUUUUUGAAUAAUUAA